AUGGGCGCUGACAACGGUCCUCAGCGCGAAUAUCAUCCUAGGAGCGAGAAAACGGUCCAAUCACUUAUAUCGUUAGUCUAUGUCUUCGUCGGUUCCGUAGCCGUCGGAGAAGGUUGGUGGCGCAUCAUCCCAGGUACCAUUGUCGGUGUCGUUGGCCUGGCGUACAUUGUCCUCGAGUUCAUUCCCUCGAUCGAGCCUCCUGCAAACAUGCGUGAUGCCGACGCCGGCUGGGGCCAAGAACAGGUCUAG